AUGAGCACAAUGAUGAGAGGAAAGCGUCUUCGGGAGGUCCUCCACGUCGCCGUCGCGGCUCGCCGCGGCGCGCAGCAGGCACCGCCACGCGAACAGGAUCAUCUCGCCGAACUCGUUGAAGUGCUCCCCGCUCACGCGCCCGCCGCCGCGAGCCAGCUCCAGGCCAAACUCCCUCCGCAUCCCCUGCCACUCGGACUGCGGGCCGCUGCGGAGCGGCACGGCCUCGAGCUCGGUGUUCAGGUGACGGUGGAGGACGGCGAGUGCUCCGGCAACUGCUGGUGCGGUGUCUUGGCGGGCGGUACUGGGACGAAGGUGACGGUGCGCGCACGAAGUGCUGCAACAAUCGGAAGGGUCAAGGCGUCGCGGCGAAGGAGGGAGCGAGGGCAGAGCAAGGGCGUGCUGGUUCGAGGCGUCGACACGCUGGAAUCGCUCGUGAAUUGA